AUGAAUCAUAUAUCCUACAAACUAAGAGGUAUAAAAUGUUAUAGGACACAUUUGAAAGGAACCAUUUUUAAACGAAACUAUUUUUGGGAAAAGGUAAAUAGGGAAUGUGGUUUAUAUAAAAUAUGGAAUAAAUUAAAUUUGAAAAAUAUUGUGAAAAAGAAUUGUAACAAAUUAUUAAUUCAUAACAAAAAGGAAGAUAUAUACAAUAAUAAUAAUAUUAAAAGUGAGAAUAUUGUAUCAUCGUGUUUUUAUGAAUAUAUUAAUUCAACAGAUAUUUUAAAUAAUGAUGAAAAAAAUAAAAUUGAUAAGAUGUUAGAAGAUAUAAAUAGACGAAAUAAAGAAAUAGGAGGAUAUCUAUUAGAAUUAAAUGGUAUCCAUAAUAAUGGAGAUGGUAUUAUAAAAAGUAGUCAUGCAUGCAUACGCAGUUGUGAUAAUAUAUUAAGUAAAAUAUGUAAAGAAGAGAAUAUAUUUAAAAUCAUAAAUAUGGUUGAUACUGUUUCAAAUAAUUUAUGUAAAUUAGGAGAUGUAUUAGAGUUAUUAAGAAAUUUACAUAAUAAUAAAAAUGUUAUUGGUAAAGCUCAUGAAGCAUUAGAAAAAUUAACAAAUUAUAUUGAUAAAAUUAAUAUUGAUACAGAUAUUUAUAAUUUUCUUAAAAAGAAAUAUAACGAAAAUAUACACUUAUUAAAUCAUGAACAUAAAGAGGUUUUACAUAAUAUGAUUGUUUCUAUGGAAAAUCAAGGUGUUCAUAUAAAAGAUCCAAAAGAAAGAGAAAAAUAUUUAGAAUUACAGUCACAAGAAAAAUACUUUGCUUUUCAUGCAUCAUCAAAUUAUUGUGAUGAAUUUAAUGGUAUAUAUAUAGAAAAAAAUAAAUUAUUGAAAUAUAUAAAUGAAAAAUGUUUGAAAGAUUAUGAAGAUAAAUUAAUACCUUAUAUUAAAAAUAAUCAAAUAAAAAUUCAAAAGAAUUAUCCUUUGAAGGAAUAUAUAUACAUAUUACAAGAUAGCUCUUUUCUUAUGACUAUAUUAAAAAAUGUAAAUGAUAACGAAAUAAUUAAUAAAGUCUAUACAUUACUUAAAGAACCUAAUCUUACCUUUUUAAAUAAUAUAUUAAUUCUUCAAUAUUAUAGAAAUAAAUUAAUAAAUUAUAGAAAUUUUAACAAUUAUAAUGAAUAUUCUUUAAAAGAUUGUAUAUUAAAUGAACCUAAUAGAGUUAAUUAUUUUUUAAAAAAUUUCUUACAUAAAAUACUUCCUUAUUUUUUUAAAGAACUUGAAUUUAUAGAAAGUUAUAUAUCUAUUAUAUCCUUACGUAAUAAAGAAAAAUGUGUAAAAAUCAUAAAAGAAAAUAAGCAAAAUGAUAAUUAUAAUGAUGAAAUACCUAAAUUAAAUGCUUCAAAUAUUUAUUAUUAUAUGAAUGAAAUAAAAAAAGUAAGACUCAAAAAUAUUGACACAGAAAUGAAAAAUAAUUUAACUUUAUAUGAUGUCAUAAAAUUUGUAAUUACUCUUUUAAAAAAUUCAUAUUCCUUAGAAAUGGUUAAUGUCAAUCCUUUAAAAAAUGAAUUAUGGGAUGAGAAUAUAAUAAAGUUUGAAAUAAAAAGAGGUCCUUAUAUAUAUGGAUAUAUAUAUAUGGAUUUAUUUGAAAGAGAAAAUAAAAAUAAUUCUAUAGCUCAGUAUACUGUACGAUGUUCGAAAAAUAUGAACUACCCUUUGAAAUAUAAAUGGCUAGAGGAAAAUUAUGACCAAUGUUCAUUUGUAUACACUGGAAUAGUAAAGGAUGAAUAUUACAAAAAUGAUAAUAAAAAAACAAAAAAUGAACAUAACACCCAAAUAAAUGACAAAAUAAAUAAUAAUAAUUAUUAUUACCAUAAUGGUGAUAAUACAUAUGAAUAUGCUAAUAGUAAGAAUAACAACAAUUUGAAUAAUAAGUAUGAAAAUAAUUCACUUUUUAAUAGUAGUUAUAGACAAACAACAUCAACUUUUCUAGUUUGUAAUUUUAAUGUUAUUAAUAUAUGUGAUAAAGAAAAGGAUACAAAUUAUGAAAGUUAUCAUAAUGAUGAUAAUUUAUUUUUAAAUAAAAAUAUAAGUUUUUUAUUAGAAAAAAUAAAUAUGUCUAUUGAUAAAGUGAAUAUAUUCCUUCAUGAAUUUGGACAUACAUUACAUUGUAUUUUAAGUUCAACAUAUUUACAACAUUUAUCAGGAAAUAGAAGUGGUGUUGAUUUUUCGGAAUUUUCAUCACAUUUUUUUGAAGAAUAUUUAAAUUGUUAUGAUGCAUUAUUAUUAUUAUAUAAUAAUAAUAAUAAAAAGAAUAAAAAUAAUGAGGAAUAUAUGAAAUCCUUAUUAUCCAAUUAUAUGGAAAAUAAAAAUAUUAUUUGUUAUUAUUCUAUACUACAACUAACUAUACAAUCAAUUAUUGAUCAAAUCUUUUAUUCUUUUUCAAGUAACUCCAAUAAUAUGAUAGAAAGAAAAGAAUCAAUAGAGAGAAAAAUAAAAUCAUAUUUUGAAGGAAUAUAUUAUAAAGAUAUUCAUAUCUUGGACUUAUUUCCUCAAAUACAUUUUUCGAAAACUACACAUUUAGUACAUUACCCCUCAAAUUAUUAUUCAUAUUUGUAUUGCUCAGUUUUAGCAAAAUAUAUUUGGAACAUGACAUUUAAGGAUAAUUUGUUUAAUAUGGAAAAGGCUGAUAAAAUUGUGAAUUUCUUACAGAAGGGAUCUGUAGAUUCAAGUUUGAGGAAUAUUAUUUCGCUAGUUGAGAAUGAUCAAUCCAAAAUUGAUUACUAUACAGAAAAUCCUCAUAAAAUCCCUCUAAACUAUUUCUUGGAUUACUAUCAGGAAAAUAAAGAGGACAAAUACGCAUCGUUUUUGAAUUCUAUAUAA